CGCAGUUCUUGUCGCCUAUUGCUCCUCGCACGGGGCGAUUCAAAGCUCUCGCUUCCUUUCUCUCCCCCAACAAGCAAGUGAGCAACGCUCAAGCGAACAACGUUGCAGAAACUAGGGUUUUACGUACUUUGAGGUACUCGAUUCGUCGUCCUGAGAUGGAUAAAUUCAAGCUAGCUUCGUCGUCGCUGGGGGAGCGGUUGAAGACCGGCGGGGCCCAAAUGAGUCGGAUCGUCAGCUCCAAAAUGAAGGAGAUUCUGCAAUCGCCGACGCCGGAGUCGAAGAUGGUGGACGAGGCGACGCUGGAGCACAUGGAGGAGCCCAACUGGGGGAUGAACCUGCGGAUAUGCGCCAUGAUUAACAGUGAAGAGUUUAGUGGAACGGAGGUCGUAAAGGCCAUUAAGAAGAAGCUGAACGGGAAGAGCACGCCGAGCCAGCGUCUGAGCCUCGAUCUCUUGGAGGCCUGCACCUCCAACUGUGAGAAGGUGUUCUCCGAGGUGGCCUCUGAGAAGGUUUUGGAAGAUAUGGUCCGGAUGAUCGACGAUCCGCGGACCGAUCAGGGGAACAGAGUGAAGGCCUUUCAGUUGAUCAGGGCGUGGGGCGAGUCCGAGGAUCUCAAGUACUUGCCCGUGUUUCAGCAGAUUUAUUUGAGCUUGAAGGCUAGAGAGAUACCUCCACUUGCAGUGGACGGGAAUUUGCCCCCCAUGCAGUAUCCGUUGGAGUCACUCAUUCAUGAUGAACAGCUUCUGUCACCUCAUGAAGGAUAUCCUGUGCCUGACUUGACUUUCGACAGUGUAGAUAAUGCUCCUGUGGCAUAUAGCUACAGCAGCCAGUCUAUAGAAGAAAAGAAGGAAAUUCUCGAAAUUACUCGAAACAGCCUUGACAUUCUCUCUAGUAUAUUAAACUCUGAAAUAGAACCUAAACCCAUCAAGGAUGAUCUCACGGUCAGCCUGCUGGGGAAGUGCAAGGAGUCACUGCCUGCCAUUCAAAGAAUUGCAGAAACCACCAUUGACGAUGAAAUCAUGCUCUUUGAGGCUCUGAAUCUUCACGAGCAGCUUCAACAAGUCAUUUCCAGGUACGAAGAAUUGGAACUUGCUCUUUCGUCUGGUGCAGUACUGCAAGAGAAGCCCAACAAUGAGGAACCGGAGCUGGCCUUCAAGGUUGGACCUCACGGAGAAAACGUAAGAGCAGCAGAGUCCCAAGAAGACGAGAGGACUGCCCCCAGCAGCGAGACCAAAAAGCCGAUUUCCCCGAAGAAAGAGGCUACUGAAUCCAGUGCUGAUCUGAUGUAGCAAACGAGGUUCUAUGUAAUUGACGUCUUUAGCAAGCUAUUGUAGUUAGGUAGUUAAAGCGAGUCUUGCUUUUAAAUAAGGUUGUUAUUUAUGUCUCUGUAUAGAGAGUGGGAAAACUAGUGUGGUUUCGAUCCUAACUGCUUGCGUUGGUUCUCUCAUCUUUGCGGUUGACACUGGCGAAACUACAUGUCAUGAGGGUGUGCCCCCCCCCCCCGGGCGGGCAAACUUUUAAAAUUGGCCUUGUUUAGUGUACAAACUUAGACUUUUGACUCUCUUACCCAAGAUCUCGACUCUGUCAUUGAUUGUUGAUAUCUUCUCCCCGUUUACCAAACGACAAGGACGUCGCGCAAGUAUUGUCGUGAUUUUGGAGGGGCCAAUUCUAGGGUCAUUUUGGGGCUAUCCCGUCUUUGUAAAUUAUACCACAUCUUUCUUUGUAGUAUGAUACCACUUAUCUUAUAAAUUAGAAUAAUGCUAUUUAUAUAGUUAGAGGUUUUACAAA